CUUCCCCUGUCGCUGUCAGUCAGACCAGUCAUAAAUUACCACAGCAGAACGUCAACGCAUAGCAGACAAGCUUGGACACAAAGCUUCCGCUGCCCUGUUCAGACAGCUGUCUGGAUACCCGGCCUGCCGAACAGCUAAUUCGAGGGAGAUGAUUAACAGAGAGGAGCAACGGAGUAAAGCGCUUUAGGAGUAGGAGAAGAUGAUUAUUGUCUAAUAAAGAAAUUUUGGACCAGAUCAUGGAUUGGAGAAGGUGGAUGUUAAUUCUGGGGUUGCUGUUGAUCGCAGCAAACUGCAUGUCAGGACAGAUGCUGCCUAAACCAGCCAACCUGAGCCUGGUCAUGAGGGAUGAGAAGGUGACAGUGACCUGGGACCCCCCUAUGGAGGCGUCCCCAAGGCCUCACUACCGCGUGGAGAUGGGAAUCUAUGGCCAUAACAUGACAGUGGUGAAUGGCUGUGAGAAGACCCCCCAGACCUCCUGUGAACUGACAAGCCUCAUCCAGAACUACAACAAGAAAUACAAAGUCAGAGUUUGUCUGGUUACUGAGGCUGCACACUCCAUCUGGGUUCAGAAGAGGUUCACUCCCAACUAUAAUCUUCUGCUGCCCCCCACCUUCUCGCUGCUGGCCAACUCCAGCUCUGUGAUGGUGAAGAUCCACAAGAAACCCAUUUUCAAGAAGAUGUUUAAGUUUGGGAUGACCUACACCGUGUACCUGCAGGAGACAGGACAGGAGAAGGUCAUGGUCCAGAGCUUGACCGAAGGGCUGGAUGAGGAGGGGGAGGAAGCCGUGCUGACAUUCCGCUACCUGCAUGGGCGGAGCUACUGCGUCAGCGCCAAGGUGGAGUCCAAAACGAGUCCCACCAUUAGCGAGGCCUCGCCCCAGCACUGCAUCCAGCUGCCCAAGAACGUCCAGGUCUGGGUCUAUCCUUCAGUCCUGUGUGUGGCUGUGGUCCUCUUAGCCCUGGUCCUCACCCUCUGUUGGGUCCUGAGGCGUCCAGAGAAAAUGCCUGCAGCACUGACGUCCGUUAGGAGUGACUGGUUGCCCCUGAGCCUGGCGAGGGAGUCCGUGGAGGUGGUCACCAAUCAGGGCUGGUUCCUCUCCACCCCCCGACCAGAGACCAUGAGCUGGGGGGGGCUGGGGACCCCUGCCCCGGAGGAGGAGAGAGCAGAGGAGGAAAAGGAUAGUAGGACAAGUCUGGACAGCGGAGUCAGCGUGAAGUCACACUCAGGUGUGAGUGAGGGAGGGAGGGGAGGAGAGGAAAACAGGAGGAGGGAGGACAGUGGCUGUGGGAGCAUGGGGGAGGUGGAGAGCAUCACCAGCAGCAGGAGUGGGACAGGAGAGCCCCCCCUGCAGGACCUCCAGCUGGGUUCCUCUGGAAGUCUGGAUGGGGAGGACUGUGGGCUGCUUCCCAGGAUCAUGCACCUUGCUGGGGAUGGAUAUCGGAGCCAGAGCCCCUGCUCGGUGGACCUCCAAGCCAGCAAAGACAGCUCUAAGCACAUCCCCUUUGAAACACAGAUAGACAUGGCUGAAUGUAUCACAAGCUAUAGACCAGGAAACUGGCAGCCAAAAACAGUAAUGGCUGACGUCAUGACUGGCUACAAGUCUGGACAAUUGGAGUCAAAAACUGUCAUGGUUGACGUCAUACCUGGCUACAGGUCUGGACAUGUUGUGUGUGUGCGUUCAGACAAAGGAAACUACAGAGUGCAGGAGGAGCACCAGAUCACACCUCCAUGUUUCUCAACCUCCCAUAGACAGUCGCUAACAUGCGAGACGGGCAAGGUGUUAACUGGGCAACAGAGGAACACUCCCGUUCCCAUGGAGACGGUGGCAAACUUGGAGGACUCUGUGCUGAUGCCACAUGCCCUCCAGCAGGCCAUCCACCUGGGGGAGUCGUUCCCUCUCUUGACAGCUCUGUCAGAGCUUCCCCUUUUGGAUGGAGGACUGAACUGCAACGCCAACAUGACAGCAUUCAUCUCUCUGUGUAAUGUUGAACUGACCUCAGGCUGACAUGUUGCACUAAGUUUUGUCAAGUGUUUGUGCCCAGGCAAUAUGCUGCAAAUCAAAGUUUUGAUGUAAGCACUGUGAUAAAGUGAAGAAAAUUCAGCUCCUAAGUGAAAAGCAUUUUGAUGUGAAUGGACUGAAUUGUGUGAGGCCCUCUUCAACAGAUGUGUCUUGCCACUGUAGUUUGCUUGCCAUAUCAGGAAGUGUGGAACAGACACAUUGAGCUUGAGUUACUACUUUGUGUGAGGCAGGAAGUGGUGUGAUCCACGGUUGGUGGCAGCAGAUGUGAACUGAUACAGGCAAGUUAUUAGACCAUCGUUUAAUUGGUGACUAUUUGGGGGAGGGGGUUGUUAAACUGAAGUAUUUCACCAGUAAUGAAACCUAAAUGAAGGGAAAGAAACCAUGAUUUUUGUGAAGGUUAAUGACAAAGAAAUGUUUUGGAGGUUGGUUCCUGUUAUGUAAACUGACACACCCUCCUCGCCUGCUUGAUAUUUAGUGGAACAAACAGUUCAAAAGAGUGAGGGAUUAACAUAGGCAUCUGAGGAAGAUGAAAAGAUCAAGCGUAGAGCGCGAUUGUGGGUUGGCUGUGGGGAGACGUGCGUCAGUGAAGGUCACGCCGUUUAUAUUUUUCACACAUACAGAAUCAUACAGGGCAAACGACAAACGCUUUACACAAACAGCACCCCCAGCACAGCUCCAACAGCUCUACUGCCAAAUGAUAACUUCUCUUGUAAAACAUUUACAAAACCCACCCCCAGUUACCGUGUCAUUCAUUAACAUACUGAAAGAAACACAUUUCACACUGGUUUAGCCUGAGACCACCGGGAUCGGCUCUCAGACUCGGGAUGAGAAAGCACAACCUUAGGGUUGGGAGCUUUGACCAGUAGCACUUUACCAUUACUGAAACCUGUCAACAGUGUACUGCUAUAGACAGGGAGAGAGUGGGGGGGUACAGAUAUAAUGUAGGUCCUUUUAGUGACGCUGUGUUCUCUCACUCCAAAUCUCACUUCUUCUUCCUUGUCCUUUUUUGACUGACGGAAACUACCGACAGCUUGUGUCUUGGAGUUCCCAGUAGAACACACAGACAGUUAUGAGUUCCCUUUUCAUGGUUAUUUAUUUAUUUUCAUAUGUUAUUUAUUCAGAAUGUUUCUGUAAAUGAAGUGGGGAAGAGUCCCUGUGAUUAAAGUGCUUAAAAAAGG